CAGCCGCAGCAACAACACCACCACCAACAACAAGUACAACAACUACAACAACAACAACAAGUACAACUUCAACAACAACAAGUACAACUACAACAGCAACAACAAGUACAACAACUACAACAUCAACAAGUACAACAACUACAACAACAACAGCAACAGUACCAAGAGCAACUACCGCUGCAGCAGCAGUUCCUCACGCAGCCUCAGUUGAUCCAGCAACAACAGCAGCAACAACAACUGCACUUCUUGCAGCAGCAACAACUCCAGAUUUUUCAGCAGCGCGUGAACCAGCACCAGCAGGCCAUGUUUUAUCAACAACAACAACAACAGCAACAGCAACAGCUGCCCACAGUGCAUCCUCCCAUAAGCUGGCACCGGCCGAGCCUUGAAAGCGGCGAUUUCAUCGGCCCGGUGGACACGGCACCGAAUCAGCGGCCGACGUCCACGGUGCACUGGAGGACGUCGAAUUGGACAGAGCAUCCGACGAUGCCCAUGCAGCGCGGGCAACACCGCGGGCAGCGAGGGCAGCACCGCGGCCAGCAUCGCACCAUGCAUCGCGGUCUCGAGCGCGGUCCGCAGCGAGAGCAGCAAGCUGGAAGCAGUGGAGGCCCGGCGGCAGCCUGGUCGGCACCGCGGUCGUUAGGCAGGCCGUCGCAGAGGGCUUCGGCCAUCGCCCAGAUCCCCCCGGAGCAGGGCGCCGCCCUCGCCGACGUGGACCUCGCGCCGGCCUCGGCCCCGACCUCGGCCAGGGCCUCGGUCAAAGUCUCGGACAGGGACUAG